AUGAUGAUUGGGUUUCCUUGUUUAAUGUAUUAUUUCUGGGUAUGUCUCGAAUACCAUCAAGGUAGAUUGAUUUACCCUUCAAGUUUGUCUCAAAUCAAACCUUGGAUCAUCAAUGAAAUCUGGAACAAGAUCAAGAUCGGCGCUUAUCCUUCUGCCUGGGCAACACAAGUCUAUAUGGGUUAUGUCUUAUUUUCCUUUGUAUUGGCUUAUUCUAUGCCUGGUCCUGUCGUGGAAGGAUUACCCAUUCCUUCCUUGAACGGUCAAAAACUUAAAUAUUUAUGUAACGGUCUCUCCUCUUGGUAUUUAACAUUGUUUGUUUCAUUUGUCUGCCAUGUCAGUGGCGUGUUUCGUCUCACUCAUAUCAUUGACCAUUUUGGAGAGUUAAUGACGGUGGCUAUUCUCUGGGGAUUCUUCAUGUCUGCUGUUGUGUAUGCUGCAGGUAUUUACUCGGGAAAGACUCAUCGUAUGUCUGGUAAUUUCUUUUACGAUUUCUUCAUGGGCGCGACUUUAAAUCCAAGAAUUGGACAUGUCGAUCUCAAAAUGUGGGCGGAAAUUAGAUUACCCUGGCCCGCCUUAUUCUAUUUGUCUCUUUCAUGCCUCUUGAAGCAAUAUGAAACAUACGGUGCAGUGACUGCCCCUGCUGUCUUUAUUGUCUUGGCUCAUUUCUUGUAUGUAAAUGCUUGUCAGAAGGGUGAAGAGUGUAUUCCUACAUCAUGGGAUAUAUUUUAUGAAAAGAAUGGAUUUAUGCUGAUAUUUUGGAAUAUGGCAGGUGUUCCAUUUACAUAUUGCUAUGCAUCUAUCUACAUGAUGAAAUAUCAAUUGACUACAGGUCGUGCCAUCACACAUAGUUUGCCAUAUACAGUUGGCAUAUUUUCAUUAUUACUCGUCGGUUAUUAUAUUUUCGAUACUGGAAACUCACAAAAGAACCGAUUCCGUAUGGAACAAAAUGGAUCAUUUAUUGCACGUAAUGCAUUCCCACAAUUACCUUGGGGUCAUAUUAAAAACCCUAGCUACAUCAAGACAGAUCACGGUAAUUUAUUACUGACGUCUGGAUGGUGGGGAGUGGCAAGAAAGCCACAUUAUACAGCAGAUUUAAUGAUGGCUAUCUCGUGGGGUUUAAUCACUGGAUUUGAUUCGUUUUUACCUUAUUUUUAUUUCUGCUUCUUCUUGUGUGUUCUCGUUCAUCGCGUAUCAAGAGAUAUGGAACGAUGUGCCAAGAAAUAUGGCAAAGAUUGGGAGAGAUAUUGUGAGAGAGUCCCAUAUAUUUUUAUCCCUUACGUAUUUUAA